UAAUAAAACAGGUUACUUCCCUUGAACACAAUGUUUAGGACAACUGUGACAGUUUUCAUGUUAUUGAUGAUGAUGGUUAAAGUGGAGUCUGCCAGUAAUACUGAACUUCAUAAUGGCCUCAUUCAAGAUCUUCUUAAUAUGAAGAUGAAGAUAAAAGGUUCCAGUUCAGUUUCUACCUGUACCUGUCAGAAGAAGGUUAUUGCUUUCACAGCUUCUAUGUCAGCUCCUAAAUCUCUUACUCCUCUAGCAAUUGUUAAGUUUGAUAAAGUUUGGACCAAUGCUGGUCAAGGAUAUGACACAAAUUCUGGAUUUUUCACAGCACCAAAGAAAGGGUACUAUCAAAUAAGCACAACAGUUAUGUCUAGUCAUGGAAAAUAUUUUAAUGCAUCUCUAUGGAAAAAUGAUGAAAAAACUGUAGGAUUGUACCCUGGACAAGGUCCUGGUACAGGUUCUGCUGAUAUUGUACUCGAAUUAAAGAAAGGAGAUCGUGUGUUUGUUAAACAUCAUGAUAAUAAAGGCAGUCAGACAAUCUUCAGUAAUACGAAUCAUCACAGCAUGUUUUCUGGCUUUCUUAUCUCUUAA